GAGUGUGAAUCCGAUAAGACAAUAAGAGACAAUUAGAAAAUAUGACAUUAAAUAUUUAUAACAUAUAUAAAUAAAUAUCUAUAUUUUCAGAAUAGUAACAUGUAGUAACAGUAAAAUGUAAAACAUCGACUUUCCCCGAAAUAAAGGAGCUAAUGGGUGCAAGAAUCUGAACUAAUUUACACACAAUCUGUCAUUUUAUAAGAUGAUUUCAUGUUUUGUCAGUCUUAAUCUGCCAAGUAUUAAGUAUUCAUAUAGUAGCAGAGGAGUAAAAAGCACAAUAUUUCUUUCUCAAAUUUCAUGGAGUUGAGGAUAAACUAGAAUAAAAUUAAAUUACACAUGUAAAGUACCUCAAAAGUACAAUACUUGAGUAAAUGUAAUCAGUUACUUCCCAUUAAUUUUUAAUGCAACAUCCCCCCUGCUGAGCAGCUCACAGCCAUUCAAAUGUUGUAGGUCUCCAUAACCACAGCACCUAGAGACAUGCUGAGAUCAGCUCUGUCUGCAUGUAGAUAUAUCUCUAUUUGUUAUACAUAGUGGCUCAGACUCAGGCAUAGCCUCUACAUUUACCAGUGACCCAUUUCAGCAAGAAAUCCAUGAAGUGAAAUUUCAUCUGGAAUGCAAAUGAAAAGGUGUACAUUACACCAGAAACAACCGUAACACAAGGUACCAAAACAGUGGUCACCAAUGGCAACCAAAGAGGGGAAACAGUGGUGGGAUCCCUACGAAACAUCUCAUAGAAGAGAAUUCAUUUAUCGACCUAAUUCAGCUGCAGAGAUUCUGCUGUCCCCAAAGUCAACAUCAUUUAUAGACUCCCAUUCACAAUCUGGACCCUUUGGUUCAACUGUGUACAAUAAGGAUUUUUGCUGGAAGCCAACCUGUAGACCUGAAUGCAUUCGCACAGGAACAGCCUCAGGACAGAGGAGAAACAACCCACAUCCAAGUCAGUCUUUCAUGAUGUGGAGGCUGCCUAGGGACACCACACGAAGCUCUGACUCUGGCAGGUUCCCUUGGAAAUGUCCCCCAUCUCAGGGGGAGAUCCGUAAGGCUUUGACAGCACAGUACCGGUCCACCUACAGAUGUGACUUCAUGGGCUUGCCUCAAGCAGAACAAAGAGCCGCACCUCUGCACAGCAAGUGUCAAGUGCUGCUCUCUACUGACACAGAGAUGAAGGACUAUUACCGCCAGCCAAUGCAACGACCUGAACUGCUGGGGAAUCACUCCCACCGUCACCGCAAAAGAGAUUAUAGUGUGGCCUGCCGUGGUAUAGUUCCAGCUGUUGUGCAAAGGCACAUUCACACUCAGCAGAAAGGAUUGGAUUUGACAACCUAUGACAGGUUUUGUGGAAAGAGAAUCACUAAUGUCACAUCUGUGAUAAAGUCACUACCGCCCCAGGAGCUGCAGCAGAUACACACAGUUGUACCCGAGGAAGAAAAGGAGGCUGUAAAAACAGUUUUGAGUAAAGAAGCUCAUCCAAUCAAUGGGGAGAAACUUCCAGCUGUGAUGCUCAAUUCCUGCUCACCAGAGUGGAUAUCAAGUUGGCCAGAACCUCUUUAAACCUAACUGCUUAUAUUUAUCUUUCUUACACAUUUCAUUUGCUAAUUUUUGCUGUGUAACUCUGUUGUGAUAAUUAAACAUCUCUGCCUGAUGAAAA